CUUUGAGAGCGGAUUCUCUUCAUCUUGCACCGCUAGUCCUCCUCCUCCUCCCCGCUCUCCAUCUCGUUACACACAAACACAUACACACGCACUUUAGGCACUUUGGACGACUUUGGACAGCGAUGGAGACGACCCCAAAUAGCAACAGCUUUGGCCAGGCUCAAGGCAGCCGAGCUCGCCCAUCCUCAGGCCGACGGCUCGCCCGCGCCCAGGAUCCAAAGCAGGCCCCAGCGACCAUCGAUGCAUGUGCUGCACCGCCAACAGGACGGUCGCUCUCGCCUCAGCCGCAGCAGCCGCAGCAGCAGCAGCAGCAACAGACUCGCUCCCGCGCGCUGGCCGUUGCUGCAGCGACCCCCGCUGCCAUCCAGCAGUCUUCCUCCUCCUCCUCCACGACCUCGGCGGCGAUUGCGUUCCCAUCACUGCCGUCGCCGUCGCCUUCGCCGGUGCACCGGACAGGACGCGCUGUCGUGCCCAGGGCGGCAGCAGACGCCGAUCCUGUCAACCAGAGGCAUGUUUUCCCGCCAAAAACGCCGUUUGACAACACAACCCUCCAGGCGUCGUCUGGAAGCGCAUUCAGCCUCAUGUCGCCGUUGCAAGCGAAGCUGACGCCGCGCGCAUCAAGUCAGCUUGCCGAGGCGGCCGUUCCUGCCGCUCAGUCUGCCAAGUCAAAGCGGACCAGCGUUGCCGCCGCCAGCGCCAGCGCCGCGGAAGCCAACUCGUCGUUGACAUCACAGCCCCCAUCGCAACACGAGUAUGACGCAGACUGCUCUGCACCCUCUCCUGUCGUUCGACCGAAGCGUUUACACGAGCGAGAAUCGGCAGAGGAGGCCGGUCAUGCCCGCAAAGCAAUGCGCGCCACCGCGGAGCCAGCUGCUGCAGACUCGAACGUGCAGCAGCCCGCCCCUCGUUCGAAUGGAGCCAAAGGCAGCAGCACCAUGCAUGACCGCGAUCGUGCUCGAGGCUCUGUUGAACAGCGCUCUUCCACCAGCCGGUCUGGCACGCCGGGAGAUGCGCGGUUGUCCGUUUCGCAACAAGCAGCAUCACAGCCGGCUGCUCCCAACGAAGACGAGGCCUUUAUAAUGCGCCUGAGUGCGCAUGAUCGUGUGUUUAGCGAAACAUUCGACCAAGUUGAGCUGGUUGGCGAUGGCACGUUUGGAACCGUUUUCCGCGCCCGUGUCGCACAAGUUGAUGGCGCAUUUGUCGCGCUGAAGCGCAUCAAUUCGCUCAGCCAGCCUGCGCGAAUGCUGAAAGAAAUUAAAUGUAUUCAGGCCUUGGGAGGAAAUGACCACACCCCACACCUGCUCGGCACGUUUCGAUUUGGUGGAGACGUUAUUCUUAUUAUGCCGUACCUCAUGAGCGAAUCGUUCCGACAAUUUAUGAGAGACUUUUCCGUGGGCGACUUGCAAAUGUACAUGAAAGGCCUGUUUCGCACGCUCGCUUAUAUGCACAAAUCGGGCUAUCUGCAUCGGGACAUCAAGCCAAGCAACUACCUGUUUGCGCGAACGGCAAAGCUCAAAGAAGCAGGCUUCUGGGAAGAACGCUUGACCAACAUGGGAUACCGCGAUGGACAGUACAGCUACAUGCUUGUGGAUUUUGGGCUCACCCAACCAAUGAAUGCGGAUGAUUCGGCGUCCUCCCCGUCCUCCUCUGCAGCCGGUGCUAGCGCCGAAGCCUCUACUUCGUCGACGAGAGCCACCAACACUUUGACGAUUGCUGGGCGCGCGAAAAACGAUCGAAGGCCCGCCAAGGUCACGCAACGCGCAGGGACCCGAGGUUUCCGCGCACCCGAAAUCUUGCUUCGACAUUUUGACCAGACUCCAGCUAUCGAUAUCUGGUCUGUUGGAGUGAUCUUGCUGUCCAUUCUCACGGGCAAGUAUCCGUUUUUCGAGGCCCUCGAGGAUACAAAGUCUCUGGCCGAGUUAAUGUGGGUCUUUGGUUCUCAAGACAUGAUCCGACUGGCGGAUUCUCUAGGUAUUGAGCUGAUGGUAGACGAAACACAUCGUGAUCUGAAAGCCUGGAACUUGAAAAACGCGUGUACUACGAUGCGCGCCGCAUCCGAAGAGCUUCCAGACGAAGUGUUUGACUUGCUGGAGCGAUGUCUCGAACUUGAUCCUGCAAUUCGCAUCACCGCUGCCGACGCUCUUCGACAUCCCUUCAUCCAGGAUGUCAUGGGCACGCCAAUGUCGUCCGAUUCUUUGGAAUUUCCACAAGCAGCAAUGUAGAUACCUGCCUGUAGAAUAGAUGCUGUUCGUUGCUCUUUGUGUGAUUCGCAAACCAUCAAUGUACAGUACGCGACAGUAGAUUGCGAGUUCAAGAGGGCA